GAUUUAUUAAAGCUACAGCAGUCAUCGUGUCUCGGUUCUCACUUUUCUCCCACCAUCAUCCGAGAACGAGUUCAUCAGCCAGUAACGAAGAAAGGGAGACCACCACACGAAGACCAACUCAACACCAGACGUCACCCAAAAUGGCGUCCCGCUCUCUCUUGGUGAUGGCGUCCAUCGCCGCCCUCCCUAUCAACGCACACAUGCUCAUGAACCUCCCCACCCCGUUCUCCCCGGAUAAGAUGAUGACCUGGCCCGUCGAAGCCCCCGGCGGCCGCUUUCCGUACCCCUGCCAAGGCUGGACAGACGUAGCCCACCGCACAGUCGUCACGGCCGGGUCGACCACACUCGUCAACUUCACGGGCUCGGCCCCGCACGGCGGCGGCUCGUGCCAGUUCGGCAUCAAUUAUGAGGGUCUGCCGGCCUACUCGACCGACCCAACCGACUGGCGCACCAUUUACACCAUCAUCGGCGGCUGCCCGGCGGAGAUCAAGUCCACGCCCGGCAACCUCGAGGAGGAUCCCUACUUCCGUGGCUACGGCGACCGCCAGAUCCCCGACGCCGUCCACUGCGGCGACGACAAGGGCGUCGACUGCAUCCGCCAGUUCGAGAUCCCCAUCCCCAAGGACCUGCCCAACGGCGACGCCACCUUCGCCUGGACCUGGUACAACCGCAUCACCCAGAACGAGCUCUACAUGAUGUGCGCCCCGAUCACCGUGACCGGCGGCGUGGAGGACGAGGCCGCGGGGUCGAAGUUCGUCGACGAGCUGCCGGUCAUGUUCUUGGCCAACAUCCCCGGUUUCACCAACUGCUCGACCAGCCGCACCGGCGAGCAGGGCGUGUUCAACAUCCCCAACCCGGGCCGCUACGGCGUGCAGCUGAUCGAGCCGGACCCCAACGCCGCGGGCGACUGCCCGAUCGCGCCGCCGCCCGUGUUCGAGGGACCAGCCAACAACCCGAACAUCCCCGCCAUCCCCGCCUCGACCGCCCCCCGUCUCACCAACGCCCCAGCCACGGCGUCGUCCCCCACCAACCUCCCCGCCUCCUCCGGCAUGAGCUUCCCGGCCCACAACGGAACCCGUCACACCUCCACAGCAUUCGUCACCGUCACCGGCGGCGGCGUGGUCACCGUGACCGAGACCGUCAUCGUCACGGCCGCCGUCCCGACCCCGGCCGUGAGCGCGACCCCGAUCGUCACGACCGCGACCGGAACGACCGGAACAGCCAAGGAAUCCGAGACGCCCGCCGCGGGCGAGCCGUACCCCUGCGCGAUCAACGGCGCCGUCGUCUGCAUCACGGAACGCUUUUUCGGUGGACGGGCAGAUUCGGUUUGA